GAAUGAAUAGGCACUAGAGAGAGCCAAUUCCUCCAGCGCGGCGCUAGUUGGUCGCCUGCCAUUACGAGGCUAACCGAGAUCCCCCCCCGUAAGCCCGGAUCCCACGCAACACCCUACCGGGCAGCCCCGGAACCAUGAUGAGGGCAGGCCUACUCGCCUGGCUUGCGACCGCCCUCGGCCAGUUCGUCAAGCUCCGGCUCCACCCCCGCGACAGCCCCCCGGGGCGCCGGCGCCGCGCGACGGCGCGCGCCGCGGCCGCCGGCGCCGAGCUCUACGAGGGCCUCUGGACGCACUACGUCCAUUUGUACGUGGGGACCCCGCCGCAAAAGACGUCUGUAAUUGUGGACACGGGCUCGUCGAAGACGGCCUUCGUCUGCGCCGGCUGCGAGGCCUGCGGCGCCCACGAGAGCCCGCCCUUCGACGCCAGCAAGUCCGAGACGUACGAGGUCGGCACCGGCACGAUGUCGGCGUCGUACUCGGAGGGCUCCGAGUGGCGCGCGCAGCGCGCGCGCGACGUCGCGGCCGUCGUCGACGCCGACGGCACCGUCGUCGCCUACGCGACGAAGGACGGCGCGUCGAAGUUGGGUGAAGCGUCCUUGGUGCCCGACGCGCGGCCGGUUUCCAUCCCCUUCGGCUGCAUCACGCACCAGACGAACAUGUUCGUGGACCAGACGGCGAACGGCAUCUGGGGGUUGCACGGCGACGGCGCCGAUUCCGUGCUCCAGGCGCUCUACGAGGGCGGCGCGAUCGGCGAGCUGGCCUUCUCGCUGUGCUACGAGCCCGUGGAUCCCCGGUCCAAAUCGUCGCUAAGGAGCGGCUUCUUCGUCGUGGGUGGCGUGGACGUGACGCACCACGUGCACGACAUGCAGUUCGCGGAGCUCAAAGUGACAGGGGCCUUCUACGCGGUCGAAACUUUGAGUGUCAGCCUCGUGGGCGCCCAGGGCGACGAAGUUAGUGUAGAGGCGCCGGCGGGCGAGUGGAACCGGGGGAAUGGCCUAGUCGUGGACUCGGGCACGACGGACAUGUACCUGCCGCGGCGCGCGGGCGAGGCGUGGGUCCGGGCCUGGUCGAAGGUGUACCCGCGCUGGACCUACGACGCGGACAAGACGUUCACGAUGCACGAGAACGAGCUGAGCGCGCUGCCCUCCAUCCGGUUCCGGUUCCGCGGCGUCGCGGGCGAGGUCGAAGUCGACGUGAAGCCCGAGUCGUUCGUCGAGAAAGAAGAUAGGAGCUGCAGCGGGACGUGCAGCUACUUCGCGCGCGUCUACCUCGAGGAGGCGGCGGGCGGCGUGCUGGGCGGGCCCUUCUUCUCGGGGCACGACGUCUUCUUCGAUUUGGGGCGGGGCCGCCUCGGCGUCGCGCGCGCGGCCUGCGACGCCGAGGCGGGCUACCGGCUGCCGCCGCCGGCGCCGACGCCGGCGCCGACGGUCGACGCGGAGCGGCGCGGGCGGGCGCGGCGGCGGUGGCGCGCCGCGGCGGCCUACGCGGGCGCCGGCGCGUUGGCGCUCGCGCUCGCCGCGUGCGUGCUUUUGCGGCCGCGGCGGCGGCGGUGGCUCAUGUCGGGCGGCGGCCGCGAGACGGAGCUCGUCCCGACGAGCGAGGUGGAGAACAUCAUGCUAAAAAAUGUCGACGUCGACAAGGCCAAGCGCAGCGACAAGGGCAGCGACACGUCGAGCCGCUCGAGCGAGGAGGACGCGGAGAUGAUGCUCUAACGAACCUGUUUAUGUACACAAUAGUUAUAAGAAGCUGAGAGAGUCCGGGGUCGCCCCCCGAAGACCGGUGUCGUCCUCUGCUGAGAUGAGUUGAGAG